GAAAAACUUUGAACCCGGAUUUAGAAGCACCAUCAUAUGCCUGAUUAAAACUCAAAUGCUGUCGUCCGGCGUUUCACUUCAGAAUGACCUUAGGGACGCUGAAAAUAUCCUCCUAGUGACAUGUUUGUAUCGGAAACACACAAAAUUACAGGUGGUAUUUCUGUAGCUGGGGACAAAUUGCAUCUCUGAUUUGCUUCUCCAUGAGGUACAGAGUUCACGGCACCGGUUGUUGGUCCCAUUUCUUCUUGCUCGGACCCCUGCCAGCCCGGCUGCGCUUGGUGCGAACCUACGGUGCCUAUCGACAACCCGGCGGCCCGGGCCCAUCCGAUCCCGAUGGCGUGAAGGAACGAGCGCUGUCUGCCCUACAGCACGCCGGUCGAUUGGGGCAGCAGUGGGGCCAGAAGUCUGCCCUCAUGGCCACCACCACAAUGAGCAGCUGGUGGCAGAAAUACGAGGAGUUUGUCGGGCUCAAGGAGGUCCGCCAAGCUCAGACCAAUGUCACAGAGGCUGAGGCGGCGUUCAUGGCGUCGAGGGGGCUGGUGCGCGAGGCCUACGCCAGCCUGGAGGCAUUGCAGACUCGUCUGAAGGAGGCACGGGCCGGGCUGGAACGCGUGUCCCGGGAGGAGGCCGCCUACCUGGAGCUUGCCACCCUGGAGCAUCGACUUCUGCGGGACGAGCGGCGGCUGCGGGCAGCGCACAGUCACGCCGAGGCGGCUGAGCGCGAGGCCUUUGCCACCUUCUCGGCCGCCGUGCGCGAAAGUCACGAGAAGGAGCGCACACGGGCCGAGCGCACCAAGAACUGGUCGCUCAUCGGGUCGGUGCUGGGAGCACUCAUCGGCGUCAUGGGUUCCACCUACGUCAACCGCGUGCGCCUGCAGGAGCUCAAGAGUCUGUUGCUGGAGGCUCAGAAGGGUCCAGAAAGCCUGCAGGAAGCCCUCAAAGUCCAAGCCGGUAACCAUCGCUCGCAGCAGGACGAGCUGGGGGCGCUCAUUGACGGCCUGAGGGUCUCCCUGCGGGGGACCUCCGCCCACCAGGGUAGCGAUACUACCCCCACUGACCACUCGCCGAUCCUGGACUCCCUUCUACCCCAAGUGUCAGAACUAAAGCAAAGCCUAGGCGGAGUCCGCGGGGAGCUGUCUCACGUGAGGAAACUGCUGGAAAGCAGCUCUUGGCGGCGGUCCGAGUGGUCGCCUGGGACUGUCGAGGACACCCAGUAUACGCUGAGCGAGCGAAUCGGUCGCACCACGCUGUACAACGCCGCCUUUGCGUACACGGCCGCCGCACUCACCGUCAUGGCCGUGUACCUGCUAAGAGGAUGAGCUUAGGGCCCGUUGCCAUAGUAACACACUGGAGUAAAGAUGGGGAGUCACAAGAGUCGACUCAAGUUAGUUCAAGUUCAGUCAAGAAAUUGUGAAUAACGUAAAGUGCCAAGAAAUUGCUUGAAACUUGAGGUAAAAAAAAAAAAAAAGAGUCACGACUAACUUAUGCUUUGCACAGGUGACUUCCCAACCUUUCCUUAUCAUGACGUCACGUUGCACUGGGACCAACCACAGACUCACGAUUAAAAAUGAAGACCAAUUUCUGCUCUGCUCGUUUGCGUGCAGCAGAUGGCAGUAAAGACGAUCGAAGCUUUUCCAGUGAUUAAAAAAAUGGCCAACAAAA